GCGCUCGGCGCCGCCGCCACCCUCCCCGCCGAGAGCGCCCAUGCCGUCCGCUGGGCCGUCGACCACUACAUCCGUCCCGGAGACGCCGUCGUUCUCCUCCACGUCAGCCCCACCUCCGUCCUAUUCGGCGCCGACUGGGGCUCCGUCGACCUCUCCAUCAAUACCAACGACGACGUUGACUUCGUCGACAACCACGCCUUAAACGACUCCGUCAAGCAGAAGAAGCUCGAGAACGACUUUGAUGCCUUCACUGCUUCCAAGGCCGCCGAUCUCGCCAGGCCCUUGAAGGAGGCUCAGAUUCCCUUCAAGAUCCACAUCGUUAAGGACCAUGACAUGAAGGAGAGGCUGUGCUUGGAGGUCGAGAGGCUAGGGCUCAGUGCCGUGAUCAUGGGGAGCCGAGGGGUUGGCGCCGCGAAGCGUGGGAAUGACGGUAGGCUUGGGAGUGUGAGCGAUUAUUGCGUUCAUCACUGUGUUUGCCCUGUUGUUGUUGUACGUUUUCCGGAUGAUGACAAUGGAGCCGGUGCCGGUGCUGGUGGUUCUGCUGUUGCUCCUGCUGCUGUUGUUGCGGUUAAAGAGGAUGAGGAGGAAGAAGCCGUGAUCAAGCCAGUGGUAAAGGACGAGCAUAAAAAAGAUGCUUAGUAUGUAUUCCAAGUCGUAGUUGAAUCCUCUCAAGUACAGAUGUCUGAGUCAACUGGGAUUGGCUGACACGUUGAGUCCAGACUGCAGGAGUCAAGGCUGCUUUCUCUCCUCUCCAACAGCUUUUUCUCAAACGUAUGAAUUUCUUGGAGGAUUGGAGAUGCUAUUUGUAUGGUAAAUGAGGUUUAUGGGAUUCUGUGAGGCCUUUCCUACUUUGUUCGAUUGCUUUGUGACUCAUUUGUCUCUUUUUAGUUUCAAGGAUGUGCUUGUUGUUGCUUUGCUAGUAUGCAAAUUCAAUUAUUAGAUCUUUUUGUGUCUAAUAAUUUUCUCAUCAGAAUUACAAGACAUGUUUAUUAAUUUGUAUGGCUAGACAACCCUAAAUCAUUUGGUAUGAAAAGGUACUUUCUUUUCUACCAUAAUUUGGACCGCGUAAUAUUUUGAAGCCAUUCAUUUUUCU